AUGCCGAAAGCAGUUCUGACUCACUUUUCUCCUUAUCUGGAGGAUUGCCUACCGCCGACAGACAAGCAAAAUGUCAACCGCAAAGGCUGCGACGGAGCAACCUAUGUUACCAUUUACGGCGGCGUCAAGGCAGCUUACAUUUUAAUUUGUCAGUGGAUGCUGGCCUCCUGCAAAAACCAAAGUAUCCAACGAAUCGAGCGCCUUGGAUUCGCACAAUACGCCAGACUCCACGAAGCCGCGACUCUUCUCGAUAUCCCGCGGAUUAAGAAUGACAUGGUCAAUCGCAUGGACAAGAUGUCUAAAAGCCAAAUCCCCGUACAAGACGUCAGGGUCAUUUACGCAAACUUUCCAAAGGACUCUUUGCCACGUCAGAUCGUAAUCCGUAGCAUCGGAGACGCCGUGUUCGAACGUCGUUUGCGCCGGUGGGAUUUGUACAAGGAGUUCAAAUUGGAGUGCGUCGAGUACGACAAUGAUAUUUAUGAUUACACGGAGCAAAGAAGACAAGCGAUCCAGGACGCCGAGUUGGCAAACAAAAAAGGCCAAAAGGCAAGACGGAGGAAGAGCGGUGAACACACGAAAGGGUCCAAUGAUAAGGUUGAGGAGCCUACUCAGGUGGUUACCAAGACUGUGAAAGGUGUCGUGGCUCGCAAGGGCCGUGGAGCUCAACCGACCUACGUUCGCAUCGGGCUUAAUGAUUUUGGUGUCUCGAACCAGCAUUAUGCCGGUAAUGUUAGACGCACGUAG